AAACCAUAUUUUGAGAACUGUGAAGCUUCACAGAGCCAAAAAAAUGGCUCUUUCUUCUUCUUCAUCUUUUGCCAUCAUUGCCUUAUCUUUAUUUCUGGUUCUCUCAUCAGAGCCCUCUUCGGCUUGCACACUCCAUGAGAACUUCUAUCAUAAAAUCUGUCCAAAACUUUUCCCUAUUGCGAGAUCUGUAGUUAAAUCAGUUGUUUCUAAAGAACCUGUUCUGGGAGCUGGUCUGCUUCGUCUCUUCUUUCAUGACUGUUUUGUUAAUGGUUGUGACGCGUCAAUAUUACUGGAUGACACGUCAACGUUCACCGGAGAGAAGACUGCGGGGCCCAACAACGGAUCUGUCAGAGGUUAUGAAGUGAUUGAUGAAAUAAAGUCUCGUGUGGAUGCCGUAUGCCCUGGUGUCGUCUCUUGUGCUGAUAUUGUCUACGUUGCUGCUCGCGAUUCUGUUGUCCUUCUUGGAGGGCCAAACUGGGAUGUUAAAUUGGGAAGAAGGGAUUCAAAGACAGCAAAUAAGUCUCAUGCGGAGAAUGCGCUUCCAUCUUUCUCUUCUAAUUUAAGCAUUCUUAUCUCCAAGUUUAAAGCUCAAGGCCUCUCUGCUCAAGACAUGGUUGCUUUAUCUGGAGGCCACACAAUAGGGCAAGCAAGAUGCCCUACUUUCACAGCGCGCGUAUAUAACGAUACCAAUAUUGACCCUUCUUUUGCCAAGGCCAAGCAGAACCUCUGUCCACUGACUAAUACUCCAACUAAUUUUGUAGCAAACUUGGACGUUACAACUCCAAACUAUUUUGACAAUGGCUACUUCAAGAAUCUCCUCAAGAAGAAGGGACUUCUUCACUCCGAUCAAGCUCUCUUCAGUGGUAGCUCCACCGAUUCGCUGGUCCGAACUUAUGCUCUGAACAAGAGGGCCUUUUAUCAUGACUUUGUCAAUGGCAUGAUCAGGAUGGGAGAGAUCAAACCCUUGCUUUAUCCAAAUGGAGAGAUCAGAGAGAACUGCAGGAGGGUGAAUUACAAGCCUCUUUGAUUUCAAUGGGGAAAAUUAAUGGUGGAAUUAGUAUUUGCUGUCUUGCGUUGAUGUUAUUUGUAAUAUUUCUUCGUAUUUAAUAAGCAAGGAUAUCUCUUUAAAAAAAAAAAAGAAUGGCAAGACUUACUAAAAUAUGUAUGUUCACUUUAUCUAUAUUAUGAAAGUAUUUAUGCU